UACACAGUCAAUACAAUUAUGGGGGUUCUCAACACCCUCUGUAUUUGUGGGGUCUUCCUGGCUCAUUUAGCCUUAGGUGCUGAACUGAUGAAACCCGAUGGCAAGCUGAACAACGAUGAAACUGGUGUCGUUGAAGUCGCUGAAAAAUCAAGAAAAGCUGGCUAUGGCGCUCCAAGCUAUGGCAGCCUACAUGGAGCUGGCUAUGGAGGCGGAUCCGGUGGAGGCUAUGGAGGCGGAUCCGGUGGAGGCUAUGGAGGCGGAUCCGGUGGAGGCUACGGAGCCGGAUCUGGAAGUGGACUCGGAGGCGGAUAUGGUAGUGGCUUUGGAGGCGGAUAUGGUGGUGGCUACGGAGGCGCAUCUGGUGGUGGCUUCGGAGGCGGAUUUGGUAGUGGCUCUGGAAGUGCCUAUGGUGGAGGUUCUGGUGCUGGUUAUGGUGGCGGUUCUUCAGGAGGUUACGGAGGAGGUCAUCAUGGCUUAGUUAUAACCUGUCAACCAAACAUAGCCGGACACGCUCAAGGUGGUUAUGGAGGCGGCCAUGGCAGCGGACACAAAGGCGGCCUUGGAGGUGGUUAUGGAGGUGGUUCUUCCUACAGAUCUGCCAGCGGUGGUUACAUGAGACCUCACUCCUAUGGUCUGUUCAACCAAGCUAUGUCCUUUGGUGCACCUGCCGGUUAUAGCUCUGCACAUAAAGGUUCUUCAUACAUGUCAGAUGGCUUUGGAUCUUCAGGUUCAGGCUACGGAAGUAAUGGUGGCUCUGCUGCAACCUAUGGCGGAUCUUCAGGUUCAGGCUACGGAAGUAAUGGUGGCUCUGCUGCAACCUAUGGCGGAUCUUCAGGUUCAGGCUACGGAAGUAAUGGUGGCUCUGCUGCAACCUAUGGCGGAUCUUCAAGCUACGGUGGUCCGGCACAAACUUAUGGCGGUUCAGCGUCAACCUAUAGUGCCCCAGCAGCUUCAAGCUUCGCCGGUUCUGCUCAAAGCUAUGGCGGAUCUGCUUCAAACCACGGUGGCUCUGCUCCAAGCUACAGCGCACCUGCUUCUACACAAACCUACGGUGCCCCAGCUCAAAGUUAUGGCGCCCCAGUCUAUGGUGGAUCUUCAAGUUACGGAGGUAUGGCCUCAAGCUAUGGCGCUUCAGCUUCAAGCUAUGGUGCCCCAGCAGCUUCAAGCUAUGGUGCCCCAGCAGUUUCAGCCUAUGGCGGUUCUGCAACCAACUAUGGCGGACCUGCUUCCAGCUAUGGUAGUUCUUCCUCUAACAAUGGUGGCUCUGCUCCGAUCUAUGGUGGGUCUUCAAGCUAUGGUGGAUCCGCUCCAAAUUAUGGGGCUUCAACUUCAACUUAUAGUGCCCCAGCAGCUUCAGGCUAUGGCGGCUCUGCUUCAACCAAUAGCGGAUCUGCUUCAAGCUAUGGAGGUUCUUCCGCAAGCAAUGGUGCCUCUGCUUCAAGCUACAGCGCACCCGCUUCUACCCACAGCUACAGUGCUCCAGCUGCAACCUACAGUGCUGUUUCCUCAGGAUAUGGUGGUGCAGCUCCAAGCUAUAGUGCCCCUACACCAAGCUACAGUGCCCCACUUCACAGCUUCAGCGCUCCAGAACCAACCUACCAAGCUCCAGCUACUUAUGGUUCCUCUUCUUCUAGCUAUGGUUCAUCUUAUAGGUCUUCCGAAAAAGAAAACCAAGACUCUACCAACGAGGAAGCGAAUACUACUACCCAGAAGAAACAAAAGAUUAAGUCCUCCACAGAUGAAACUGUUGGUGCCACCAGCAAUGGAUGGAAAUCAGGCAUGAUGAAUGUUAUGCGCGAAGUUGAAGAAAUGAAAUCUCAAGGAUGGUGAGAUCAAGAUGAUUCUCUCAGUAAUGGAAAAUUAUUUCGAUAAGGGAAAUUAACUUCAGAAAUGCAAAGAAAAUAAUUUGAAAUGUAAAUAAUUUUUGUAUUUUUCUAUUGAUAUUAAAAUGAUUUUGAUAAAAUA